AUAUAUAUAUAUAACUUGUGAAUUAAUAUUGUUAUAGUUUGAGUUUCAGCCAUGGCUUCCAAUGCAGCUUUGGCAUCUUCAAGAAUCCCAACAAGCACUAGGCUUCCAUCCAAAACCACUCACUCUUUCUCUGCCCAAUGCUUCUCUAAGAAAGUGGAAGUAGCGGAAUUCUCGGGGCUGAAGUCCAAUGGAUGUGUUGCCUUUACCAAGAAUUCAAGGGAGGCUUCUUUGUUUGAUGUUGUGGCUGCACAGCUCACUACAAAGACAUCGGGAGAAUCCGCACCGGUGAAGGGAGAGACGGUCGCGAAAUUGAAGGUAGCCAUUAACGGUUUCGGAAGAAUCGGAAGAAACUUCCUUCGGUGCUGGCACGGUCGCAAAGACUCGCCCCUCGAAGUUGUCGUCCUCAACGACAGCGGUGGUGUAAAAAACGCGUCGCACUUGCUCAAGUACGACUCGAUGCUCGGAACAUUCAAGGCGGAUGUUAAGAUAGUCAACAACGAGACGAUCAGCGUAGAUGGAAAGCUCAUUAAGGUUGUCUCCAGCCGGGACCCACUCAAACUUCCUUGGGCUGAACUCGGGAUCGACAUUGUCAUCGAGGUAUAUAUAUAUAUGUGUGGGAUAGAUAAACAUCUAUAUAGUGAGACAGAGAGAGAUAUUUUUACAGCUCCAGAGAGAGGUGCAUAUAUUCAUAUAUACAUUGUUGGUGAGAAUAUCGACAAAAAUCUUCGUUUGAUUGAUUAAUGCAGCAAUGCUUCUUGCACGACCAACUGUUUGGCUCCUUUCGCCAAGGUCUUGGACGACGAAUUCGGCAUAGUCAAGGGUACGAUGACAACCACUCACUCGUACACCGGCGACCAGAGGCUUCUAGAUGCUUCUCACCGGGACCUACGUAGGGCCAGAGCCGCGGCACUAAACAUCGUGCCGACGAGCACCGGUGCAGCCAAGGCCGUUUCUCUAGUGCUGCCUCAGCUAAAGGGGAAGCUCAACGGCAUCGCUCUCCGUGUGCCGACGCCGAACGUCUCGGUGGUUGACCUAGUCAUCAACGUCGAGAAGAAGGGAAUCUCCGCGGAGGAGAUCAAUGCCGCCUUCAGGAAGGCCGCGGAGGGGCCGAUGCCCGGGAUAUUGGCCGUCUGCGACGAGCCUCUCGUCUCGGUCGACUUCCGGUGCUCCGACGUCUCGACCACCAUUGACUCCUCGUUGACUAUGGUCAUGGGGGACGAUAUGGUCCAGGUCGUCGCUUGGUACGACAAUGAAUGGGGUUACAGUCAAAGAGUUGUGGAUUUGGCACAUUUGGUGGCAAGCAAAUGGCCAGGAGUAAGUGCAGUUGGGAGUGGAGACCCUUUGGAGGAUUUCUGUAAGGGCAACCCUUCUGAGGAAGAGUGCAAAGUUUAUGAGUAAUUAUUUUCUUCUUUAAUAAUAAUAAUUAUUAUUAUUAUUAUUAUUUUUAUUUUUAUUUUCUUUCUGCUGCUGAAGAAUUGUUUUUUAGGAGCUAAGAAGGGAAUUUUUUGUUGUAUUUACUACUACUUAAUUUUUUGUAAUAAUUUGACAAUGGAAAGAGGGACUAUGGAACCAAUUUUCUUUUUCAAGUUUAAUAAUUUAAUUGUGGGAAUAAACUUUUUUUAUGUUGAAAA